GCUGCAGCCCGGGGUCGCGCGGCCGGAGCUGUCCGAGGUGCUGACCGUCCCGCCCGCGCAGUGCGCGCCCUCCCGCGCCGGACCCGCCGAGUCCCGGCCGCCCUCCCGUCCUCCGUCUGCCUGUCUUUCUCUCUUAAUCCAGGGGCGUAGCGGCUGGAGGAAAUCAUGGUGUUCGCUCCAGGUGAGAAACCUGGAAAUGAGCCCGAAGAGGUGAGACUGCAGAAUGCCAGCAAACAGAUCGUGCAGCACGCCAUCCUGCAAGCUGUGCGACAAGUCUCCCGGGAGAGUCGGACCAGCGACAACCGGGGCAGCUUCCAGCUGGGCGUGGGGGAGUUAACUAAGAAACAUGAAAAGAAGUAACACAGUGGAUUUGGCUCUUGUCAUAUGCUUGGUUUCCAGCCUUCCUCUUAGCAUAGGACGCGUUGCCAAAAUGUUGCCAAUAAAGCAAACCAAAGUGUCACUGGCACCUAGCAGUAGAACGAAUUCGCACUAGCCGCCGGCUGAGAAGCACUGUUUUGAAAAAGUGCAUUAGAUGAUUCUGUUCAUAUUUAUGCAGCGCUUCUGAAACACAGUGGGGCCAAACAUGACACUGUCAUUGCAAAAGUAGUUUUCAGCCCAGUUUAUUUUUAAAG